UCUUAUCUCAUGCAUGCUAGAUUUUGUUGGCGAGUCUAAAACCUCAAGACUCUGAACUCACUCUCCUUGACCAGAAAAGGACUCGAUCAAUUCUCAGAUGAUAAAUGAAGUUGCGGAAGCCUUAACUCCCACCGCAACCGCAACCGCAACCGGCAGAUUAGAGAGCUGUAUUGCUACGCGUACGCAAGUGAAAAAGCUUCAAUCAUUCAACUGGCUUUCUUUGAUUAGUGUCUUUGUAUGAUCAGGUUCAUGGCAACAACAUUCUGUUAUCUUCCCACGGGGUCUGGUCUCACAAAACUGAAUGACUACCGUGUCUCCAAAAGACCUUAUCGACGCUUCGAAACGUUGUCUUGUUUCUCCUGUAAUCCUCAAAAAGUUUUCCCUAGAAGAGAGGUAGAGGUCAGGCGGCAGUGGCAACAUUGUGGACAGGCUUUUGUCAACAAUAAGUCAGACUACUAUUCUAACACCACCAUCCACCAAGAAGAGGAUAAGGAAGCGGAUAUUUCUAAAGCAACCUUGACAUGGAGGGCGAUCAAGUUACCAAUAUACUCCGUUGCUUUGAUUCCUCUCACGGUAGGUAGCGCAGCUGCUUAUUUGCAGACAGGCAUGUUUUCAGCUCAACGUUAUUCUAUUCUUUUGAUUUCCUCGGUUCUUAUCAUCACAUGGCUCAACUUAAGGUAUACAUCGUAAUAAUUUCGUAAGUGCAUGCGUUUGGCUUUUA